AGGGACCUGAAGGGAGACAGGCAAGACGAUGUAACCCGGAAGAGGGCUGAGGGGAGGGGAAGGGGCCAGGGGGACCACUGGAGACAAGGGGGAGAGAACUGAAGGGAAACACGCGGAGGGGCGGGGCUGGGAGACCAGAGGGAGAGUUUGGGGAGACCUGGGAACUGCAGAGGGACAGGGCUGCGCGCCCGGCGAGUCGUUUCCAUUCAGCGAGUGGUUGAGAACCCAGCGUAAACGCGGCUCCCGGCGUCUACUGGAUGCCCGCCGGGCGCAGUCCCAGCCUGAGCCCCUGCACCUGCAUGGCAGAGGCCGUGGAGCCCGCACAUUUCCACCCUGAGAUCCCACAAAUGUGGUUUUGUUUUGCUUUCACCCCCGCCCCCAAUCUGCAGCUCCAGGCCCCUCCCUGAGCCGCCCCUCUCCACCAGCAGGGGAGGGGCGGGCGGGGACCCUGGGGCGUGGGAGAGGAAGGGCCGCGCUGUUAGUGAGGGCGAGGGCGGGGGCGGGCGCUGACGCCUUCAGGUGGGGUCUGGGUGAGGGGCCUGACGGCAGAGUCGGUCCAGAACUGCCCGGACAGCGACGCACAGCGAUGAGCUAAAAUGGAAGAGGGUGCAAGUCAUUCUCCUGGGGCCCCAGAUGCUCCCUCCUUUCUUGCUGCCUGGAGCAGGGGCAGUGCUGUUAGUGGCUACUCCGGGUGUGAACAGCCCAUCCUGGCCACCUUCCACAGGAAGCCUGACCUGAGGGACAGAAGAGGAAGGAAGCAGCCUUUGCCACUAAUGUCAGUGCAGAACUCUGGCUGGCCCCACCAAGAGGACAGCCCCAAGCCCCAGGAUCCAGGUCCGCCAGCCAACUCAGACAGUGACUCAGGCCACCUGCCGGCGGAGGACCCUGAGGACACCUCUGCUCAGGGUCCUUCAGUUCUGAGCUUGGGUUCCCUUUGCCUGGACACCAACCAAGCCCCCAAAUGGACUGGGCUUCGGACCCUCCUGCAGCAACUCCCUCCACAGGACAUUGAUGAGCACUACUGCCUGGCCCUUGGGGAGGAGGAGCGGGCCGAGCUGCGGCUCUUCUGUUCCAGGCGGAAGCAGGAGGCCCUGGGACAGGGGGUAGCUCGUCUGGUGCUUCCCAAGCUUGAAGGACACACCUGUGAGAAGUGUAGGGAGCUGCUGAAGCCAGGAGAGUACGGAGUGUUUGCAGCCCGGGCAGGGGAACAGCGUUGCUGGCACCAGACUUGCUUUGCCUGCCAGGCCUGUGGCCAGGCCCUGAUAAACCUCAUCUACUUCUACCAUGAUGGACAACUUUACUGCGGCCGCCAUCAUGCAGAGUUGCUGCGCCCGCGCUGCCCGGCUUGUGACCAGCUGAUCUUCUCCCAGCGCUGCACCGAGGCAGAGGGACAGCGCUGGCAUGAGAACCACUUCUGUUGCCAGGACUGCGCCGGGCCUCUGGGCGGGGGACGUUAUGCCCUGCCUGGGGGAAGCCCCUGCUGCCCCAGCUGCUUCGAGAACCGCUACUCGGAUGCAGGCUUGAGCUGGGCCGGGGCACUGGAAGGGCAGGCAUUCCUUGGGGAGACUGGACCCGACCGAACUGGAGGAAGGGACCAAACCUCGGUGAACUCUGCGACCCUCUCCCGAACACUCCUUCUCGCUGCUGCCGGCGGUUCCAGCCUGCAAACUCAGACGGGGCUGCCUGGAUCCAGUCCCCAGCAGGAGAACCGACCUGGGGAAAAAGCGGAGGCACCCAAAGGGCAGGAGCAGUGCCGCCUGGAAACUCUUUGUGAUUCCAAGGACACCCUUUUCUCCACCUGCUCCUCCUCCUCUGACUCGGAACCUGAAGGCUUUUUCUUAGGCGAGCGCCUUCCCCUGUCCUGGAAAAUCCCCGGAAGCCUCCAAGCAGAGGACAGCAACGCCUCUAAGAAGCACUGCACCAUGUGCUAGUGGCGCAGCUCAGAGAGGGGGUGUGAGUGGGAGGAAAGGGGUCUGUAAAGCGGGAGAACAAGGCUAGCCUCCCCUAACAAUCCUAGACUGAGACGCAGUCAGGCGCACGCCCGCGAGAGGCGGCGAGGUGACAAGUUUGGAGUGCGCCCCCUUCAGCACAGCGCGUUAGGACUUUUGGUGGAGACUUUCUUGGCAAAACCCAUUCCCCAAAGCUACGCUUCCCCUGCUGAGAUAGCCCCUACCCCCACCUCCACAGGCUGGGACAGCCCCGUCCCCACCAUCCUCCUCCCGAGCCAAUUAAAUGAUCACAGCACGCGUGACGGUUACCGGCUGGAGAGCCGGAGGUGGGACCGGGAGCAGGGCACCGUAGAGCCGGGCCGCGCUCCUCCCCUCCUAGAGUUCGUGGACGCGCAGCAGGGGGCCGUCCCUCUUCCGGAUGUCGGACUAAGCGAACAGCGCUCCCCUGCGGGUUGGUGCAGCCGGAAGUGCCAAACCGGAGGUGCGUCAUUCACCCGCGACGCUGAUACGGUUCCUCCACCGCGGCCCAUGCGAAGGUUCCUACUAUGGCUUCCAGCGGGGUCCCGGUGAGUGCUGCUGGCUCGGCUAAUGAAACCCCCGAAAUACCGGACAACGUGGGAGAUUGGCUUCGGGGCGUCUACCGCUUUGCCACAGAUAGGAAUGACUUCCGGAGGUAACCGAGCCCAAGAACUUGGUCCUUCUCUGGCCCUUACGUCGGUAUUCCCCUUUCUCGCGAGGCUGGCGCCUCAGGGUUUUUUGUUUUUG